AGAGAACGUCAUCAGGUAGGCGGAAACGUAGGUGCGUCAACACAACAGUGCGGACCAAAGCAUGCGCAGUCAGGCUGAUAUUGUGUAGCGGAAGCAGCAGGACAGUCUGUUUCCGUCGCAGAGCUCUUCGACAACAUGGCGAAGAUAGCUAAAACCCACGAAGAUAUUGAAGCGCAGAUACGUGAAAUUCAAGGGAAGAAGGCUACACUUGAUGAGGCACAAGGAGUUGGUCUAGAUUCAACUGGUUAUUUUGAUCAAGAAAUUUAUGGUGGAAGUGACAGUAGAUUUACAGGAUAUGUGACCUCAAUCGCUGCAAAUGAGCAAGAAGAUGAUGAUGAUGACUGUUCAGCAGCAACAUUUGAACAGAAGAAACCAGGAUAUCAUGCACCAGUUGCAUUACUUAAUGAUAUCCCUCAAUCAACCGAACAGUAUGAUCCAUUUGCCGAACACAGGCCACAGAAGAUUGCAGAUCGGGAGGAUGAAUAUAAAAAGCAUAGACGUAUGAUGAUUAUUUCUCCAGAACGGCUUGAUCCUUUUGCAGAUGGCGGCAAGACUCCAGACCCCAAAACAAAUGCUCGCACAUAUACGGAUGUUAUGCGAGAGAAGCAUUUAAUAAAGGAACACCGUGAAAUCCAUCAGCAGCUAGCAGAGAAAGCUAAAUCUGGUGAUUUAAAAGUGGUCAAUGGAUCGUCUGCUACAGCUACUUCCCAACCAUCUUCAAAGCGCAAGAGACGAUGGGAUCAGACUGCGGACCAAACACCAGGGUCCACACCGAAAAAAAUAUCAAGCUGGGAUCAAGCCGAGGUCACCCCUGGCCACACUCCUUCUUCAUUAAGAUGGGAUGAGACUCCUGGCCGUGCAAAGGGAAAUGAAACUCCUGGAGCCACACCAGGUUCAAAGAUUUGGGAUCCUACUCCUAGCCAUACACCUGCGGGAGCUGCAACACCUGGUCGUGGUGAUACUCCUGGGCAUGUAACUCCAGGUCAUGGAGGUGCAACCUCCAGUGCACGUAAAAAUAGAUGGGAUGAAACACCUAAAACAGAACGUGAUACUCCUGGUCAUGGAAGUGGUUGGGCUGAGACUCCACGUACAGAUCGUGGCGGUGAAUCAAUUGGUGAAACUCCUACACCUGGAGCAAGUAAAAGGAAAUCCCGUUGGGAUGAAACUCCGGCUAGUCAGAUGGGUGGCAGCACUCCUGUUUUGACACCAGGGAAAACACCAAUUGGGACACCUGCAAUGAAUAUGGCGACUCCUACGCCUGGACACAUUAUGAGUAUGACUCCUGAACAGCUUCAGGCAUGGAGAUGGGAGCGUGAAAUUGAUGAAAGAAAUCGUCCACUUUCUGAUGAAGAGUUGGAUGCAAUGUUUCCAGAGGGUUAUAAGGUUCUCCCCCCUCCCGCUGGGUAUGUUCCUAUACGUACACCUGCCCGCAAGUUGACUGCAACACCAACACCUUUAGGCGGGUUGACUGGGUUUCACAUGCCUACUGAAGACAGAACAAUGAAAAGUGUCAGUGAUCAACCAUCUGGAAAUCUUCCAUUCCUUAAACCAGAUGAUAUUCAAUACUUUGAUAAAUUGCUGGUUGAUGUUGAUGAGUCAACACUUAGCCCAGAAGAGCAAAAAGAGAGAAAAAUUAUGAAAUUACUACUUAAAAUAAAGAAUGGCACACCUCCAAUGAGGAAAGCUGCGUUGCGGCAAAUUACAGACAAAGCACGUGAAUUUGGAGCUGGUCCUCUAUUCAAUCAAAUUUUGCCCUUGCUAAUGUCACCAACUCUUGAAGACCAAGAACGACAUUUACUUGUUAAAGUUAUUGACCGAAUCUUAUACAAGCUUGAUGACUUGGUCCGACCAUAUGUACAUAAGAUCCUUGUGGUUAUUGAGCCCUUGCUGAUUGAUGAAGACUACUAUGCCAGAGUAGAAGGAAGAGAAAUUAUAUCCAACUUGGCCAAGGCUGCUGGUUUAGCCACAAUGAUUUCCACCAUGAGACCAGAUAUUGACAACAUGGAUGAAUAUGUUCGUAACACAACAGCCAGAGCAUUUGCAGUUGUUGCGUCUGCUCUUGGCAUUCCUUCUUUGCUUCCUUUCUUGAAAGCUGUUUGCAAAAGUAAAAAAUCAUGGCAAGCUCGUCAUACUGGUAUUAAGAUUGUACAGCAAAUUGCUAUUCUCAUGGGAUGUGCUAUUUUGCCACAUUUGAGGAGUUUGGUCGAAAUUAUUGAACACGGAUUGGUUGAUGAGCAGCAAAAGGUUCGUACCAUCAGUGCAUUGGCUAUUGCUGCGCUAGCUGAAGCUGCAACUCCUUAUGGUAUUGAAUCCUUUGAUUCUGUGCUGAAACCUCUAUGGAAAGGUAUUCGUCAGCACAGAGGAAAGGGUCUUGCUGCGUUUUUAAAAGCUAUUGGUUAUCUUAUUCCUUUGAUGGAUGCUGAAUAUGCAAACUAUUAUACCAGAGAAGUGAUGCUGAUUUUAAUCAGAGAAUUUCAAUCCCCUGAUGAGGAAAUGAAGAAAAUUGUCUUGAAGGUUGUAAAACAGUGUUGUGGUACUGAUGGCGUGGAAGCAAAUUACAUAAAAACAGAAAUUCUUCCUCCAUUUUUCAAACACUUCUGGCAGCACAGAAUGGCUCUGGACAGGAGAAACUAUAGACAGUUGGUGGACACCACGGUAGAACUUGCCAAUAAAGUGGGAGCUGCGGAAAUAAUUUCUAGAAUCGUGGAUGACUUAAAAGAUGAAGCUGAGCAGUAUAGAAAAAUGGUCAUGGAAACCAUUGAGAAAAUCAUGGGCAAUCUUGGAGCUGCAGAUAUUGACCAUAAAUUGGAGGAACAGUUGAUUGAUGGAAUUCUUUAUGCUUUCCAAGAGCAAACCACAGAGGACUCUGUAAUGUUGAAUGGCUUCGGUACGGUUGUCAAUGCUCUUGGAAAAAGAGUGAAGCCAUAUCUGCCCCAGAUAUGUGGUACAGUCUUGUGGCGUUUAAACAACAAAUCUGCUAAAGUGAGACAACAGGCUGCAGAUUUAAUAUCUCGUACUGCAGUGGUAAUGAAGACCUGUCAAGAGGAAAAAUUAAUGGGUCACUUGGGUGUUGUGUUGUAUGAAUACCUUGGAGAGGAGUAUCCUGAAGUACUGGGUAGCAUUUUAGGAGCGUUGAAGGCAAUUGUUAACGUUAUAGGAAUGCACAAAAUGACUCCACCAAUAAAAGAUUUGCUGCCAAGACUUACACCCAUUUUGAAAAACAGACAUGAGAAAGUACAGGAAAACUGCAUUGACUUGGUUGGACGUAUUGCCGAUAGGGGCGCUGAAUAUGUCUCCGCAAGAGAAUGGAUGAGAAUUUGUUUUGAAUUGUUAGAGCUACUUAAAGCUCAUAAGAAGGCAAUCAGAAGAGCCACUGUUAACACCUUUGGCUACAUUGCAAAAGCUAUUGGGCCACAUGAUGUGCUUGCUACACUUCUUAAUAACCUGAAAGUACAGGAAAGGCAAAACAGAGUGUGUACCACUGUGGCAAUUGCUAUUGUGGCUGAAACAUGUUCGCCUUUUACAGUUCUUCCAGCUCUGAUGAAUGAAUACAGAGUGCCAGAACUAAAUGUCCAGAAUGGUGUAUUGAAGUCUCUUUCAUUCCUUUUUGAAUACAUUGGAGAAAUGGGAAAGGACUACAUUUAUGCUGUGACACCUCUGCUUGAAGAUGCUUUGAUGGAUAGAGAUCUUGUGCACAGACAGACUGCUAGUGCAGUUGUUCAGCACAUGUCACUUGGAGUAUAUGGAUUUGGAUGUGAAGAUUCAUUAAAUCACCUAUUAAAUUAUGUAUGGCCCAAUGUAUUUGAGACCUCACCUCACGUUAUCCAAGCUGUUAUGGGUGCUCUUGAGGGUCUUAGAGUUGCUAUUGGACCAUGCAGGAUGCUUCAGUAUUGCUUACAGGGCCUAUUCCAUCCUGCCAGAAAAGUCAGAGAUGUUUACUGGAAAAUAUACAACUCUAUAUAUAUUGGCUCACAAGAUGCUCUCAUUGCCCAUUAUCCUCGAAUCUACAAUGAUGAAAAGAACACUUAUAUUCGUUAUGAGCUUGAUUAUAUCUUAUAAAGAUACUGUUCUAUCUUGUCUUGUUUCUGUUCCCUAUUGUCUUUGUAAACUAUUGCGGAGUAGUACUGAUGAUCACCUGCAGCAUGUAUUUUAGGUGAAGCCUGUUUUGAUGUAAAACUAGAAGUGGCCAAGAAAGUGCUAUUUCGUCAUGUAUCUUACAAACUGCAUUUUUUAGAUUUCUGGUUCAGACAUCAUUCCUAGUGUUUAAGAAGGAUGUGUAUUUAGGGAAAUAAACAUUUUAUGUAUAAAA